AUGUCCUCCACAACCCCUCAGACCGACUCUACCACACCCAAACCAAAAUACAACCUCCGCAACCCCCUCCCCCUCUCCGCCGCCCAAGAAGCAGAAGUAAAGCAACUCUACUACAAGCGCGUGCGAUCUCUCUGUGCGCCUGAAAUCAAGGCAUUCGCCGAAUGCGCCGUCAACCGCACAAUAACAGCAACAUGGGUAUGUCGGGAACAACGACUGGCGAUGAACGCGUGCAUGGUGGCGCAUGCGAAGCCGGAGGAAGAGGACCGGGCGAGAGAGGAGUGGUUUGCGACGCAUGAGGAGCGGAGGAAAGCGAAGGAGGAGGAGCUUGCGAAGGUGGAGAAGAGGAGGGAGGAGGUGAUUCGCAUGAUGAGGGAGGACCAGGCGAGGCAGGCUGCUGCUGCUGCUGAGAAGAAAUAG